UGCGAAAAACCGCAGCGCGAAAGAAUUCCAAAAAGACGGAAUUGAAACCACGGAAAAGGAUCCUACCAUAUCUUUUCCCUUUACCUAAAAACGAUCUAUCGAGCUCCGGCUCCGAGAAGCAAUCACUGUUCUCACAAUCAACCCCACAGUGUACAGAAAUCUUCGGCAGAGAUCCGGUUGUCUCGAAGGGAAACCCGCGGAAACCCUGCUAAUCCUGCAGGGUCCUGCAAUUAAUAUCAAGGAUUGGCGAUACCAAACGGAACGAACAGACUGAAAAAGAAGAAGAAGAGUUGCGGCAGGAUUUCGUUCUAAAAAGUUCCUAGUCUAUAUGGCUCUGUUCACCGACGUCCAUGUAGAUGUUUUCAUCAGCAACUACACGAUCAUCGACCCCGAAAUCUUCCAGUUAUGGGUCGAAGGAUAUUCCUCUGCCGAUGCCGUCACGUUGCUCAAACAGAAGGGCGGAAUGUUUGCGGACGUUCCACAUCAGCUGAUCACUUCCGAUGUGCAGGACCAUUAUCGCACGUACGCCCUUCUGGAGAAGUUUCUUCAUUCACCACCCAAGCUGGCCGAGCAGCCGACCUUUCAGAUUGGGCCGCAGGAUCGUUCGCUGCUGAUCGACCGGUACUACUCGCUAGACGACACCGUUGCGCGAGAAUUAUUUGGCAAGAAGUUCAAUUCACGAAACCGCAAAGAUCUGGACGAGGUGGCGGAGAAGACGGGCGUUAGGCUCAAGUCUUGUCGGAGACAGUUUGAUAAUGUAAAACGCAUCUUUAAAGCGGUCGAGGAAACGCAGGGCAAUAUUGCGCACAACAUCCGGCAGCAGUUUAUACUGCCGGAAGAGCUGGCCCAGAAGUACGCGGCGGUCGUGUUCAUUGCCUGUUUGCGCUUUGAAACAGCGAAGAGAAAGUUGCAGUUUCUUAAUUUUAAAGACUUUUACGAAUGUUCUCAGGCUCUAAUGACUUUCUGGACGUACACUUACCAACAUUCGGGAGCCGACUAUUUGGACACCGAGAUGGAUAAGGAAUUUUUGCUUGAUUUACGUGAAAUACGCUACCUGUUAGAUAAAGAGAAAGAAAUUAAACACUUGGUUUCUAUACGUUUAAAGCCAACGUUACUGGAGCGGGCCUACCAGGAAGUUGACAGCAAUUUCCGUACCUACUAUCGUGCAAUCAUACUGCUGGCGUGCAAUCUGCAUCGGACAAGGGAGAUGCGGCUACUGUUUGUGGAACUAACUGAGCGAUUGAUUGAACCGUGGAAACAGAAUGGCUGGACGCGUGAUCAGGUGCAACAGUUCAUGCAGUGUCUUACGCAAUGUGUGCUGGAUUUGGAGGUACCACGGGAUAAUCAGGAUAUCCGAUGUCUGUGGGAACGCUACAUGCAAGUUAUAAAUGUGUGCUUACUUCGAAUGUAUCAUCCCUAGGUCAGUGCAAUAGAUGAUUUACCAACGUUCUGUUCUUUUUUAGUUUAAUAUGUAAGGUUGCAAUAUUGUGCAUUUAGUCAAAUAGGAGAAUAAACGCUCAACCCAUUAGCUUCCCACGCACGGUGAAAAUAUUAUUAAAAUAAAGUUGAACCA